AUGAGCGUGGCUGAAGAUGUGGCGCCACCCUUAGGUGCUCAAGAAGAUGCCCAUAGGCCACAACACGGACCCGCGGUGAUGGAUGGGCUCUCUAGCUCCAAGGUCACGGUCGAGUACCACGACCCGUCUGGCGUGUUUCCAUUGAUUCAAGAAGACCUGACUGCUCGACUACCCCUUCGCAAUCUGCAUUGGAAAGCGCCCACAAGGCCCCUGAGAUCCAUUGAGUCUCUCCAUGUGGACCUCGUGCCUAGCAGCGAGUCUGCACAAGAUGCAAGCGCCGAGAAAGAGAGACGGCAUCAGAUACCGGGUCUGCGUCGAACUCCGUACCUGAAAGUGUACCUCUUUCGUUGCGAUGAUUCAGAUGCCUACAAAGGUACAGCGCGCAAACAGCUCCGCGAUUGGAUGAAAGACCACACUCCGCCAGCCCAGAGCAGCGCAGCCGGUACACAAGAGAACCAUGAUGCUUACGAAUGGAUGAUAAUUCAUGUCGUGCUGCCCGGUACCCCUGCAGCCAGCCAACCGCGUGGAUCUGGAAGCGCGGCGGCUGGAGAGAAAGAGAAGAGUGCUUCAGUUUUUAAGAGAACGACAACGACGAUCCUUGAGAAAAUCCGUGCAGACUUCAACAUCGCUUCGAAGACUGCACCAGACCGAAUUGCGCAGAUACGGCUGAAGAAGGAACGCGUGCCCCCACAGAUGCUGCCGGCUGCAAGCGCCACAUCAACAGCUGCUCCUGAGACCCAGCAGGAACACGAUGGUGCUUGGACUGAUGUUAUAACCAAGUUUAAGACACUCAUUCUGUCUUCUUUUGAUCUUCGAGUGAGUCAGUACGAAGACGACAUCCGCAAGAACGAUGCACAACGCUCUCUGCCCGGCUGGAACUUCAACACCUUCUUCGUUUUGAAGGAGGGCCUUGCACGGGGCUUUGAGAGCACAGGUCUUGUCGACGACGCUCUUCUUGGAUACGAUGAGCUAUCGAUCGGACUUGAUACAGUUCUUCGAGACCAAGCCAAUGAUGGCAGCGUGUUACAAAUGCUGAGUCACUCCGAGGACUUGUAUCAGCGAGUGGUCGAAGUAUUGGAACAGUCGCAGGGCGACGCCAGUAACAGCGAGGAUCAUGCGCAAUUUCACGACGACAAGCCCAUCGACGCCCAGAAGAAAGACUACCGAGGACUCAUCCUUGCCAACAACAUCUCAAUUUUCGAGUUCAGGGUGUAUAUCUUCGCUCGCCAGAUGUCGAUUCUCCUCAGGAUGGGUAAUUCGCAGUCAUCUCUUGCGGAUCUGGCAAACAAGCUUCAGCCACGGCCAAACGCCAGUGUUGCACAGAAAUCAGUUGAUGACAGUCAAAUCGGGACGAAAUCGACCGGACAUGUUGCCGAUACUGAGGACCUACUCUCGCUCGCUGAGCUUUGUACGCGAGCGCUGAACUUCGUAACGUUUGCGGGACGGCUGUUACGUGAAGAUCUGAUGAAUGGUGCGAAAGCUCAUGACGCUGUUCUACCGGAGCAACUAGUCGAUAAUCUGGUGCGGUCGUGGACGUUUUCAGCCCUUGACCAAGUGCUGCGCGAGACUUCAACAUCGUCGCUGCCAUUCACCAGAUACGCGAAAGAUGCGAGUACCAGCUCGCCUGGUAAAAGCCUCUCAUUCAGCGGUCGUGGCAAGGAGCAGAAGACGAGCGUCCCUGAACCGAAGACUAUGAUACACCCAGCCCGGUCUUCUUCUCGAUCGGGCUCGACAGAUCCCCCGUACCUUCAACCGAGUACGACUGGCCAAGUAGUAUAUGAGAAUGGCUCAUACCAGGACCGACCCGCUCCCAGUCAGCAAGGCGUUAUCAACCAAUCAAAGAAUGGUUUAAUGGACCUGGCUGGGCAGAGAGCGCAGUUGAUAGGCAUACAAAGAAGACUGCUCGAACACGUGGGUAAGGCCAUGGGCUGGGCUGUGGGCUGGGCUGCGUUCCUGCCAUCCUUGAGCCAAAGUGAAGACUUCACCGAAGUUGACCUCAACGAGGAUGAAGAAGAUGAAGAGGCGGCAGAAGAAAAAUCAGCCACCAAGGAAACAGCGAAAUCCGUUGAUGCUACAUCUGGCAUCUCCGCAACAGCUCUCGUCAAUGCCCUUUCAUCUCUUGAUCACUUCCGACAGUUCUACGAAACACUUAGCGACCAGAUCUUCCAGCACUACCGUGCUGCCGGCCAAGUGAAGUCUGCCGAAAGCAUAACAGGCGAUCUGGCGGCUCUUCGAUACGAGCUCGGCGACUUCCGGGCGGCGGCUAUGUACUUUGGCAGCAUGGCAGGCAUUACGAAUAAGGGCUCGCCGGAUGCAAGUCUCUCGCUCUUUGCAAAGAGUAGAUGGAACACUGUCGUGGCUACCAUGCUGAAGAUGUACGCUCGCUGUCUGAAGAAGCUUAACCGCAAGGAUGAGUACGUUCGAACGCUUCUCGACCUACUCGCCAGGUCUUCAGCAAGCAGGAUCUCCUUCAGCAGUGCCUCGAAACGAGCGAGCGAUGACGGCAUCUCGAACAUGCCGCCGGACUGGCUCAACGACGAUAAAGUUGACACUGGUGGCGUGCUAAAUGAGCUUGUCAACUACUCGCAACAGCUUCCGUACGAUGUAUCAGUCCAAAUGGCUGAUUACUUUACCGAUAUUGCUGUCGAGCCGUACAUUCGACACUACGAUGACAAGGAUGGCUUCCAGCUCCGUCUACAAUUCAGACAUAUCCUCGAAGACGAGGUCGAGAUCCGCGCAGCCAAGAUCAGGCUGGUGUCAGCCACCUCAACCACUGCCAAAGAUGUCUGGUUAGAGACACCAGAAACAAUGACUGUAGAGAAGGGCCUGACUCGUGUAUGGCUGGGUUGUAACCUGAACAUAACUGGUCCCUACACGGUCGAUAAGAUCAUCCUCGAAGCAAAGCGCAUCGCCUUUGUGCACGAGCCGGUCACUAAAUCAGAAUCCCCCACCCCACUUGGCAUCAUCGCUUCAGCAUCUGUCACAUCUUUGAAAGCUGCGAAGAAGGCUCGGGUACAGUGCUUUCCCCGUGCAGGCGCGCUCGAUGCACGCGUCUAUCUGUCCCACUUUAUCCACAUCGACAAACCCCGACACAUCGAAAUCUCAUGCUCUGCCGGCGCGAAUGAGAUCGAACAUGCAGAAAUACGUCUCAAGUCUGCUUCAGCCGGACUACGUUUGCGGACUGGUGAUACCAGUGUGGAGUCGGAAGACGGUGUCAUAGAAAACAACGAGAAGCCUGGGGUGAUAUCGAUCAAGGAGAUGCCCGCUAACUCCAGUAUCACCCUCAAGAUACCCUACGACAUGGAAACGAUCCUCCAAGACCUUACCGUCAAAGCUGAGAUCGACUAUCACACGGCGAAUGGCGAGUUUCAAUACAUCUCGUCGUUUACCGUUCCCGUCGAGCUGCCGCUGGACGUGAAUGUUCACGACCACUUCAAGAGCAAGUCACUCUUCUCGAAAUUCAACAUCAAGACGGCAAACCAGGUACCGCUAGAGCUCCUCGACGUCGAGCUGGAAGGGUCCGAAGAGUUCGACGUUCACGCGCCCAGACGAUCAAAGGAACCCUUGCACGUCUUCCCAAAACAACCAGUAGCAGUCACGUAUAAGAUCGUGAAGAAAGAGGUCGAUGCCGAGAGUGCAUCAACCCAGGGCCCCAGUACGGGCAGCUUAGCACUUGCGGUGGAGUAUCGCUGCUUGAAUGAAGACGUUCUUGAUCGUCUGAGAGAACACUUCGCGGCUGCCGUCGUGGACAGUCCGGUCGCUCGCCUCAGCCGACUGUUGAUAGCAGUCUUCGUCACUCUAACAGAGCAGAAGGUGAUACCGUAUCAGUACGAGAAGAUUGCCUUGCUAGACAAAGUUGACAUGGGUACAUUUGAAGAGCUGGACUGGGCAGAGUGUUUGGAUAGCCUACCGCAGCCUACACGUGACGAAACGCGGUUGUGGUUGCAAACUUGGCUGAAGAACAACAAGAUCGUCUACCUCUCAGAGAGCAUCCUGGCGACUCCGUCAACUGCCAUCGCCCCUGCUUCGCCCUACCCACCACGCCGCAUGAUUAUCACAGUCUCCAUCCCGCAAACACACAUCCUCCACACUGCUUCACUCGACCUCGUAUCCUCCUCUCCCGACGCGGUCUCCUCUUACGACUCAAACAUUGCCACUAUUGGCCAACCCCUCCACGCAACCCUCCGCAUCUCACACACCCGCCGCUGGGCCUCCUCAUCCUCCCUCGUCACAGCCGCAAACCUCUCCUCCGCCACCGAUCCCAUGGACUUUGUCUACACCCUCGACGCCUCGCCUGACCAAUGGCUCAUCGCCGGCCAGCGCCGCGCACACUUCACCGCUACCGACGGCGAACCCAAGACGUUCCCCAUCACGCUGAUUCCGCUCAAAGCUGGCCAUGCACUGCUGCCCAGCGUGGAUAUCAGAGCGCGUAUCAAGCCGCGGGAGAAGGAUGACGAGAAGACUGUUGAAGAAGAGGAGGUUUUGAAUUGCGAGACAGAUUGUUUGAGUUUUGGGGAGAGCGUGGAGGUUGUGCCAGAUGUGAGAAGGAGUACGGUUGGUGUUGGGGAUAUGAGUUUGGGGAGUCCGAGGAGUGUUGUUUGGCUAGAGGGAGUGGGGCAGUCGGUGUAG